GAUGGCGGUGGAUGCGGAAGUAAACAACGAAGUUUUGUGUUUUGACAAUUUAGUGAAUAUUUUCUCCUAUGUUUCACCAAAAGACCUSAACAGUGCGUCCAGCGUUUGCAGACUUUGGAAGGAAGCUGCAGAGACAUCGAGCUUGUGGAAAAGACACUGUUUAUCAAGAUGGUCGUUUUGCAAUCUCAACAUUUCACCAGGAGAAAAAACCUGGAAGAAAUACUACAUUKCACGCUAUAAAGUCGACASAGGAGCAGCAAYAGGAAGACCAGGUCUAGACUACAUGUGCAAGUCCCUGCGAGGUCACAAAGGUCUUGUCACUGAUGUUUUAUUCAUCACUACCAAUGACAUCUAUGAUGAAAAUAUGAUUGACAAAUCAGCUCACCCAAUUGUGGCAAGCUGCGGUCAGGAUAAAAGUGUCGGUUUAUGGAACACAAGAGAAGGAAAAGGUUUAUGGAAGAAAUCUGACGGCCAUGAUACAUCAGUGUUAUGUUUAGCUUUGAUAAGAGCCAAUGAAUUGUUUGUGAGUGGCGACCAGGUUGGUGUGGYAAAUCUAUGGGAUGUUGAAACCGGUGAACAUAMAAGACUACAAGAAGACCACAGCAGUAUUUCYAAGAUAGUUUGUGGGUCAAACAAUGAACUUUUUAUAGCCUCUCGGUCAGGUGAGGUAAAGAUUUGGGAUAUACGCGAUACUACAAAGUCACAACAAACCAUUCAAAGCCCUCUUCUUGCUAUGAAUUUGAUGGCUSUGAAGGASCAGACCAUAGUUUUGGGAGGAAGUGASAGUGUACUGAAUUCCUCGCCAGGGCUUAAGGUAUACGACCKCAGAAAUCUUAUGUCUGAAGGAUUUCRAGCAAGGCAGCAAGACUUCCAACCUCCAAACAGUUCACUUAACCAUCAAAGAGGCUCAGCAGCAACAUGUUUUAAAUGGGUACCCAAUCAYCCMAAUCAGCUCGCCGCUGGGUAUAAUGAUGGUACAAUACUCAUAUGGGAUAUUAAAACACUCCRAGAGGUAUACUCCUUUAGACCGCAUGUAGGAAGCGUUAGCGCCAUUGCUACAGUUGCAUCUAAAGUGAUUUYCUCCGGAACUGAAUGCUCYCUMUCAAUAUGGGAUCUCCAUGAGAGAAAAUCUCUGGGUGCAUUUGUCGACCAUAAUCUACAGAUAACAGAUAUAUAUGCUGAUGCAUAUAAAGUCAUGUCAUGCUCAAGGGAUUUCUCUAUUAGAGUAUAUUCUUGGGCGGACAAAAAGGGGAGUGAUGGUACAUUGGUUCGUACUUUAGACAGCAGAUACACACUACUGGGUGGUUCUUUAGCGAGAGCUGGAAAUGGUUUUGAGAAAAUAGUAUGUGAUUAUACCACMUGUGUUGGUAUGGCUAAUGAUGUCAUGAAAGCAUACUCCUUUCAGGUGUAAGAACUUCAAAUAGGCCAUUUGCAAUUUGUGUCGUAACUUUACUACAACUACAAGAGAGCCUUGCGCAUUUUCAGAUCGCAUUUUCAUUGUUAUUCAGAUUUUUAAUCCCCUUGGAAGUUAAGAAAACAAUUGGCACUAAUUGCGUUACAAAAGAAAGUUGCAAAGCAUUCUUUAGUUGUAGUAAAUGACACCAUAAUGCAAAUCGGCUAUUGUCAUACAGUAUAAUUAAUCCUAUACCUGUAAAUAACUUUUUAUAUAAUAUCAAAGAGGCAAGAUUUUGCUGUAACUCCGAGUUUCGUGCUACGCACUCAUCAGACAGUAUUUAAAUAACUUUUUAUGUAAUUAUUAAGAAUAAAUAAAUGCAAAGAAAUUAAAUUGGGAAUUCCCAUUCCAGGCUAUCAAACAGAAAUAUGAAAAAAAAUUAAGGAAAUAUAAGUGAGAUURAUAAAACAUGUGGUACAAAAUACAAUUUAUCAUCUCAUGUAAAAGAUUUGAUAUGAAUUAUUCAUGAAAUUUGUUUGUGCUUUAUAUUAUUUAUWUUCUUAUUCAAAAUAGAUAAAUGAAUAAUUAAUAAGGCUUUUUGGGGCUGCUAAAAAAAGGUUUUUGUGUACAGGCUCUACUGUUGUGAUAAAGACAACAAUUUAAAUAGGCCUUUUCCAUGAAAUGGUCACAUGGCACAAAAUUCGCCAUACUGGAUGGCAAAAGAAUGUAAACAAACUCAAGAACAAAAGGCACAUAGCCUGUCAAGCUUGACUUUUCUUUGUUUUGAACAUCCCAGUGGGUAUUUUGCCAGUAUUUUGCAGAUUUUGUACCAUGUGAUUGUUUCAUGUAUAAAGCCUAUUCCAAGAACCACAGGGUGCCAGGCUUGAGGCAUGAAAUCAGGAUUAACAGACAAUCAGCCAGGGGAAAAAUGCCAGGAAAUUUGUCCAACUGUGACAGAGUCUGUCUUUUGGUCAAGGGUUGUAUGUCGAGGGUCGUAUGUCAAGGGUAGUUGGUUGAGGGUCCAGUUUUUCUAUGUUGAGGGUACAAUAUAUCCACAGAACAAUUAAAAGCAACGACAUAGAAAUAAAGCAGCCUUGAUUUCAACCAAAAAAUAAACUUCUUUACGAGAGCUAUCUGUGCCAUGUCACUCAUCACUUCGUGUGUCUACUGAGGUCACUGUCAUGCAAUGAAAUCCAAACCAUCUGUUAUCAAGAUUUAACUGUGCCCUGUUUCAUUCAGUAGAUUUUUGCUCAUUACGUAGAA